AUGUCCGUCGAAACCAGCAAGCGCAACAAGCGCUUCAUCCCGCUCGAAAACAACCCAGAAGUCAUGACAUCCCUCCUCCACAAGCUCGGUCUCUCGCUCAACCUCGCCUUCCACGAUGUCUUCUCCAUCGAUGACCCCGACCUUCUCGCCUUCGUACCACGUCCAGCGCAUGCCCUUCUGCUGGUCUUCCCCGUCUCAGACACGUACGAGAAGUUCCGCCGCAGUGAAGACCUCAACAAGCAAGAGUACGAAGGACACGGCCCGGCCGAAGACGUGAUCUGGUACAAGCAAACCAUCGGCAACGCCUGCGGUCUCAUCGGUCUUCUCCACGGCGUCAGCAACGGCACGGCACGACCUUACGUACAAGAGGGAACGGACCUGGACAAACUGAUCAAGUCGGCAGUGCCACUGAAGCCGGUCGAGAGGGCGGAGCUGUUGGAGGAGACGGAGGAGUUGGAGAAGGCACACCAGGCUGCUGCUGCGACAGGGGACACGGCACCACCACAGGCAGAGGACAGCAUUGAUUUGCACUACGUUUGUUUUGUGAAGGGUGGGAAUGGACAUUUGUGGGAGAUGGAUGGCAGGCGGAAGGGACCGCUGGAUCGAGGCGAGAUGCCGGCCGAUGAGGAUGUACUGGGACCUACGGCGCUGGAGAAGGGUGUGAGGGCUUUCUUGAAGCGGGAGGAGGAGGCUGGAGGUGGAGAGUUGAGGUUCAGUCUGAUCGUGCUGGCUGAGGCGUUGGAUUGA